CAGACCAACAGCGCCCCCCAGCGGCUGGCAGGCAGCCAGACCCCCACCCGGUGAUGUCUGGGGUUCGGUAACGGGAUCGCAGGUUCAACCGUCAGUCCAUCUGGUGAGUGGAGGUCGGUCAUCAACAGUUUUGUCCCGUGUUUUAUGCAUCAUUCACAUUUCUGAGGCCCAUCGUUCAUCCAAACCUCAGACAUUUUGCCUCUCUGAAAACAAUCUGACUCCUCCAUCAGUUCCUCCUCACCGGCUUUUUGUUUGCCGUCCGUCAUGGCGAUCGCCCACGUCGCCACGGAGUACGUGUUUUCCGACUUUUUGCUCAAGGACCCCGCGGAGAAGAAGUACAAAGGGGUGCGUCUGGAGCUGGCAGUGGACAAAAUAGUCACGAUCCUGGCGGUGGGGCUGCCUUUGUUUCUCAUCUCCCUCGCCUUCGCUCAGGAGGUGUCAGUGGGUACCCAGAUCAGCUGUUUCGCUCCCUCUAGUUUCUCCAUGAGACAGGCUGCAUAUGUGGACUCUUUCUGCUGGGCAGCAGUGCAGCAGCAGGCUGACAGUUCACCAAUGUGGCUACACAAGUUCUUUCCAUACAUCCUGCUCUCACUGGCCAUCCUUCUCUACAUCCCGGCCUUGCUCUGGCGUUUCACAGCAGCUCCGCACAUCUCCUCUGACCUCAGCUUCAUCAUGGAGGAGCUGGACCGCUUUUACAAUCGUGCCAUCAAACUAGCCAAGAAUCUGGCAUCUUUAGAUAGCAAUGAUUCGGUAGAAGACACCCAGAGUGCACUGGAUGUGGCUGAGAGCUGCUUUAAAUACCCUUUAGUGGAACAGUAUCUGAAGACUAAGCGCUUCAGUCACAGCCUUGUGGUGAAAUACCUGGCAUGCCGUGUCCUCACACUGCUGAUCCUCCUGCUGGCAUGCCUCUACCUCGGCUACUACAUCCAACUGGCAUCUCUGACCGAUGAGUUUCCUUGCGACCUGCGGACGGGCGUACUGAAGAACAACAGUGAUGUGCCGCCUGCUAUUCAGUGUAAGCUUGUAGCAGUGGGUGUCUUCAGACUGCUCAGCUACAUCAACCUGGGGGUGUAUGUGCUUCUUGCUCCUUUGGUGGUUUACGCUGCUCUCGGACCUGCACGGCAGAGCUCCAUCUUCCUCCGGCCUUAUGAGAUACUGCCGGGAUUUGGCGCUCUGGGUGUGGUCACGCCAAUCUACAACGACCUCAGUAUCUAUCUGCUGUUCCUGUCCGAGAACCUGAGUGAACUCAAGUCAUUUAAGUGUCUGCAGGUGCUUGAGUUGUUGCAAGAGGCUGGUGAUGAGGGCUUUGACACCAUGUGCCUGCUGCAAUCUUUGGGUCAGGUGAAGACAGAUGUGUUAGACAGUAUGAAGAACUGCAAAGAAACAAAAAAGGCUGAGGAAUAAUCACUCUGAGAUUACACUGCCUUGUUUCUGAAUGACUGGCCUGAUGAGGAUAAGUCCUGCUGUGAUGGAAAAGAAGAACCAGGACCAAACCCUGUGCACUUAUUUUUUAUCUGUAUUGCUCUUAGUGUUUACUGACAACAGUGUGAUCCAAAUGAAAAAAAAUAGAGGAGGACUAUACCUGUCCAUAGUUUGACCAAUUGACAGUUUACCUCUCAGGUGUCCUAUUUUUAAUAUACCUGUUGCUGACUGCAGGCCUUGUAAAUUUUUCUGAAAAGAAAUUCCUGUGAUUCUCUCUUUUUAAAAAAAAAAAAAACUAGAGUUCACACUACUUUUCUCAGGAUCCGAAUUGCCUUCCAAUCAAUUUAAGCCAUGUUCUUAAGACUGAAAUUUGUGUGUUAAGUUCAUUCUCCUAGUCUAAGAACAUACAUGCUGUCCUUUAUGAGAGAAUGAGGCAAGUUUCCUAACACUUGUUUUACAUGUAUUAACAGUGAAGGUAAUAAGAAGAUGUAGUGUCCAUCUAAAGUAAGCUUAAAAUGAACAUAAUUGUGAAGCAUGUGUGUAAAGGUAUAGUUAUUAACAGCAGCAUGCUGUAUAUGGUGUAUUGGCAUGUUUAGCAACACUAAUCUGCUGAUGGCAACUCUUCAUUUUAUGAGAAAUAAGAAUGAACAUUUUUUUCAUGUGAUAAAAUAAUAGGACCCUUAUUGCUGGAGGGCAUUUGUGCUUUUAUGUGUCCUUAUUCAAUUAAAGAAUGUUGUUUUGA